AUGAACUUCGCCAAGCAGGACUGUUCCAAAGAGAGAAAGUGCGAAACGGCGAAGGGGAGGGAGAGAGAAGAACUAAUGGAGGUUCACAGGAGCGAGUGGGAAGAUAGACAAUGCCAUUUGGAGAGUAUAAUAAAAAAAGAAUUUUACAACAAAAAUGGAGAUAUAAAAGGAGGGAACGAAAACGUUGGAGGAUUCAUAUCGAGAAAGAAAUUCAAAUUAGAAGAACCUUGUGAAUGCUACAGCUGUGAGCAUGUCAUAUUGGUUGUAACAGAGUAUGUGAAGAAGGAGUGUGUUUUGGAUCGAUAUGUUUUUGCUUACAAAAAGUUGCUUGAUAAUAUAGACUCGUAUGUUCAUGAAAUUAGGAGCAAGUCUGACAUCGAUCAUAUUAUGUAUAAUAAUUUUUUUUUGUCCAAAGAUGAUUCAUGUUUGAGGAACACAAAUAAAAAAUGUGCACCAAGCGGAACGUGCGUGGCAGAGGAUAGCCAAGACGUGGAAAUGGAAACUUACACUAUUUCUACCAUCAUGACGAUUAGGACCAAUCUUUUAAACGCCUUGCCGAUGUUAAAAGGGGUUUUAAAAAAAUUGUCCCAUGAUGAGCAGAGUGAUUAUUAUGUAAGCAGCAGGGUUGGGAUUAUCGAGAGAGUGAAAAAUAAGAUACUUAGUUAUGCCAUGCGGAGAGGGAAGGGCUGCCAGGUCCACUCCGACAAUGGCGAGGAGCGCUUUGAUGGCUUUGAUCACGAUCGCUAUAACCGCUACGACCACUACGACCACUACGACCGCUAUGACCGCCAUGACCGCUACGACCGCCAUGACCGCUACGACCGCCAUGACCGCUACGACCGCCAUGACCGCUACGACCGCCAUGACCGCUACGACCGCUUCACCAACCGGGGGGAGCAACCUCAUCAGAUGGGCGACGCGUGGCCCUGUGUCCAAAGGAGAGGUACACCCGAGAAGGCGCGGCCACACGGAGGAGCAGACAAAAUGCAUGCACAGUAUUCAACCCGAUUGAGGAAAGAAGCACCAAUAAAAUUUUACGAAAUAAUUAUAACAACGAAUCAGAAUUUGAUAAGUCUGAGGAGCAUUCACCUGUUGAUCGAAAUGGUUAGCCUGUUUCACAGCUACUUAAUGAAAUUCGUGUUGGAAAAAAAAAAAUGAAAAGAUAAACUUCAUGCAACUUUAUCAGCUGAGGAAGAAAGAGCACACAUUUUGUGAUGAAUCAAAUUAUCUCCUAUUUUAUAACUUCCUUUUGGGAAAAAAAAAAAAAAAAGAGGAAAUUGGCUUGGAGGAAGGCAACCAGGUUGGGGUGGAGAAAUCCCCAAGAGGAGGGGAUCACAGUGAGAGGAGGUCCUACACGUCUGACAAUAGCACAACUUUUGAUUGCGAAAGUGGGGGAGGCGGUUCGAAUGCGGAGGUGCGCGCUCCGAUGGGGGUAGGGGCCCCCCUCACUAAGAGCUACGCAGAUUUGGGCAGUUGUUACGACAACGGGGACACUGUUUAUACGAAGCGGAUCGGCGACUGCACGCAGAGGAGCGACGAGUUUGCGUUGCCAGACGGAGGGGAUGAAAUUCGUGGCGCGGAUUACACGAAUCGAGUGAGCGAUAGCAGUGGUCGCGAAGUGCAGUGGGGCACCCAUGAUGAGGAGUGCGCCGCUGAGAAUGUGGGCUACGCCGCUGAGCAUGUGGGCUACGCCGCUGAGCAUGUGGGCUACGCCGCUGAGCAUGUGGGCUACGCCGCUCAGGAUGGGGACUACGCCGCUGAGCAUGGGGACUACGCCGCUGAGCAUGUGUGCCACGUCGAUCGCACCGAUGAGGCGGAGUGCCCCCCCGUGGAAGAGCUGCAAGAAGGACGGAGCAGCACCCUUUCUGAAAAAGAAACAGAAGAAAUGACACGUUAUAUAAAGCACAUAGUUUCGUGUAUCGUGGGAGAAGGAGAUACAUACCUCAAUAUCGAACUGCUGUUCACCCUCCAUACGUUUCAGCUAAGUUACUUAUUCAGUUUAUUAAAAAAAAUCAUAUUAGCGAAGGAUGUGAAAAAUGAAUUCCUCGUGAUGCUAACCUACUGCGGGUAUAAAAUCGAUAAUAUGGAAAUUAUCGAAUACUGCUUUUGGAAGCUAGUAAGUAUAUUUGAAAGUGAAGAGUUGCCGGAGUGUUGGAUCGUCUUGGACGAUAAGGCGAAGAGUCAGGUAAAGCAGAAAUACAACGAAAUGAGAGAUAAUUUAAGGGUGAUGAAACAGAUGAUGGGAGAAACGGAGAUGGAGAUGAAUAAAAAGAAGCAGAGUUGUCUUUCCCAGGGGAAUUACCCCCAUGUGGAUUACCGCGGUGGGAGCUACGGUGGGAGCUACGGUGGGAACUACGACGGGAACUACGACGGGAAGUACGAUGGGAACUACGACGGGAACUACGAUGGGAACCACUACGAUGGAGUGUUUUACGGAGCGCUAAAUAUUUUCAAAUCGGAUAAUCACUACAGCAUGGUUAACAACAUGACGGAAGUAGACAUGAGCAAAGGGAAUUUACAUUUUAACAAAAAUUUAAUCGACAAGAAAAUUUUUUCUCCAUUUAUCGAAAAAACGAAAAAAGAAUUUCAUCACUACAAUGACAUUCCAAAGGGAUACGUCAUAAACGAAAUACAAAGGCUGCGAAAUUUUAGCGAUCACUACUCCUGUUGCUACAUUUUAAAAAGCAAUCAGAAGAAAAAAAUUUUGAUGGGGUUUAAAAAAAAAGGAGAAAAUAAAGUAUACCUGUACAAGUAUGAUAAGAAUAUUAAAAAAAGAAAAAAUACAAUUUCGAUCAGUUUUGNAUCAAAUAUAACAAGUGAAUUGCCAAGACAUUUUAUAUGCAGUAUUUACAAGCUUAAUAAAGACGUUAAAAUUAUUUACGAAAAUAAAUGUCCAGUUUGGAAUGAUGAGAAGGAGAUUUACGAGUUGCCUUUUUAUGGCCGAGUUAAAUUAGCAAGUGCGAAAAAUUUGCAAUUAAUUUUAAAAAAAUGUGUAGUAGCCAACUCGCGGAAGGAUUCUUUUGUAGGGAAAACCAUAAACGAUGUUAUUGAGUAUGUCAGCAGUGACUCUUUCAUGAGGGACUCCCAAAUGGCUAGCACAUGUGCCGGACGAGGAACAGAUAGUCACCCUUCGCAGGGGCUUCCAACGUGUGGACUCCCCUCGCAUUCUCCCUACGAAGGCAGCUGUAGUGGGGAGGGGGACCCAAAAAAACACGUGCUUAGGAAAAGGUUCCCCUUUGAUGUGAUCACAAAUAAUUUUAAAAAAAAAGAAGAAGAAAAAAAAUUUGAAAUUGUGAACAAUGAUGAAGAGGAAAUAUUUUUAAUUUUUGGGAAAAACUCAAAGGAUUACUUCACGCUUGAUUUUCGUCACCCCUUGUCUUCCUUCGAGGCGUUUUCCAUCGCCAUUUCGUCUUUACUGAAGAAGAAGGCCGUUUCGUAG